AUGUUUGCAGUUUCCUGCUUAUUAGACUUCAAGAAAUUUCCUUACCAGCCAGCUGGCGAGUGCCUGGGAUAUCAGGAGAAGGUUCAGGUUUUGGGUAGCCUGAGCACGACACUUUGCUGUCGUAACGUGCUCAAUGUCCUGACCAAAACUUUAGCUUCGCAUGUAGCCACCACGAAGAGUGAUUAUGUGUUCAUUCCACAGGAUCAAUGGAUGAACUGCAACGGUGCCUUUCAUAAACAAGAUUCAGUUUCGCCACAUUCAUGCAGAUUUGAUAGUCUCUACAGUGGAAAAAGCAAAUGUUCAAAUUUUUCCUUGUCAUCAAUUAAGGAGGAUUUUCAUUACCAGAAUGCCUUGGCAACAUGCUCCGAUUUUAACUCUUCCUUCGAUGAUGUCUGCUCUAAUUGCACCGCAGCAAUACUGGCUGCAACGGAUAGUCUAACGGAAAAAUUAGAAGCAGAGGAAAGGGCCACAUGCGCAAUAGCAACUGUCAUUUAUAUUGCAGCUGCAAAAAUCGAUGAUCCAUCUUUCGUGGACAAUUUCUAUCGGUGUUUGCCUGCCUUAGAUGCAUUCGAUGUGGGUUAUGACAAAAUCAAGCAUAGUACUGUCAAGGCAGUAAUUGCAAUCUUCAUGGCGGUUGUGGCAUUGAUGCUAGUGCUUCUUCUUACUUUGUAUGUGACCAAGAGCAGAAGCAAGAGUAAGUGUCGUAAACCUAAUGCAGAGAUGAAGGCAUGGUCUGGUCUCUACAGAUUCUCCAAGGCUGAGAUUGAAAAUGCUAUAAACUACGGGAAUGAGAAAAAAAGCUUGGGAAGAGGAAGUGCAGGCCAAGUUUACAAGGGUGUUUUGCCUAGUGGACAAGUUGUGGCCAUUAAACACAUACAUCAAAGCAGCACAACUGAUUCUUUCCAACGCGAAGUUGAAGGUCUUUCAAGAGUUAGACAUCCAAAUCUUGUUUGUCUUUUCGGUUGCUGCAUUGAAGGAGGUGACAGAUAUCUGGUCUAUGAAUAUUGUUCAGCUGGGAAUUUAGCUCGACAUCUCCUCAGAAAGGACGCUGUUUUAACAUGGGAAACAAGAGUGAAGAUCCUGAGAGACUGUGCACUUGGAUUGAGAUACCUCCAUCAUUACAUAGAUGGCUGCAUUGUUCAUAGAGAUAUCAAGCUUACAAAUAUCCUCUUGACAGAGACUUUGGAGCCAAAACUCUCUGAUUUUGGGUUGGCAAAGAUGUUGGGAAUGGAAGAGAGCAAAGUAUUUACUGAUGUUAGAGGAACCAUAGGCUAUAUGGAUCCUGAAUACAUGAGCAAUGCCAAGCUCACCUGUGCCAGUGACAUCUAUAGUUUUGGUAUAGUUAUUCUCCAACUCCUGUCAGGGCAGAAAGUCAUUGAAUUGGACCUUGAUGCCAGAGACCAACUCACCAGAAAGGCAAAGGAUGUAUGUUUGGGAAAGCGUCCAGUAAAAGAUUUUGAAGAUCCAAGGUUAGGUGGGAAGCUCAACAGAGCAGAUUUUGAAGCUAUCUUGCAGAUUGCAGUCCUGUGUGUUGCAAAAUCCAGCAAAGGUCGUCCGACCGUGGAUGUUGUCUUCGAAGAGAUAGACAAAGCUUGGAAAAAUACAGUCAUUGACAUGAAAGCAAGGCAAGACACAAGCACAUCAGAAACACCCAUGUCCAGGUCCUUGGAGGUGAUUCCAGUGUAAGGAAAUGAUCAGGUUGAGUUCAUGAUGAUCAAGUUUUCUUUUGUGGCCAUUAAGCAACCAAAGCCCUAAGAAUCCCAUAUUUAUAUCGUAAAGACCUUCUUCUGCUCCACUCCAUCUCCAUGAGAUCAGCCACUUUCAUCAAUUUCCUUUGAGAAUAAAGGCCCAGCACUUGAUCAGGGCCCUUAAAACUAAAAAGAGUUCAUUUUGUAGCCUAGUGUAACAGAAGUGUCCUGUUCUGUGGAGAUCUGGGUUAUGUACAGUAUUCCUUUUGAUUUGAUGUUCUGUAAUUAUACACAUUUUGGACUUGACGUUGUUGUAAUUAUAUACAAUUGGGUGUCUCAAUUUUCCUCCAUGGAAUCGCAAUGGACGCAACUUGUCUAGACCCAUUUUUAUAUCUUAGGUCUAUAUAUGUCUGGU